AUGGACAUUGGCGCGUCGUGCAUCUUCCUCUCGACCAAGCUCUCGGAGAAGCCGCGCAAACUCCGAGACAUCAUGAACGUAGCCUACAGCAUUGCCCAGAAGACCAACUCGCCUGUUCCGACUGGCUCGGAGUACACCGCGAUGAAGGAACGGCUCCUCGAUGGCGAGCAAAAUGUCCUACGCGUGCUGCGUUUCGACUUGGACAUGGACCUGCCGUACAAGUACUUGCUCAAUUACGCGCGCUUCCUGCGUGUGUCCAAAGCCACGGUCCAAGUGGCGCUCACGCUCGCGAGCGACUUUUUCUACGCGCCAACGUCGCUGCAGUACGACGCCCACAUCGUCGCGGUGGCCUGCAUCUACAUUGCCCACACGCUGCUCGAGGAGCCCAACCCGUUGCCACCAAACUGGUGGUACGACUUCGAUGCAAGCGAUGACGACCUCGCCGCGAUCGAAGCCGAGUUUGCCACGAUUUACACAGUGCUGCCACCCCUCCAGCCAUAG